AUCCCAGUAUUUCCAUUGGUCUUUUGGGCUUCUAAAAGGAGCUGAGUAGAGACACAGCAGAUUCUGGAUUUUUCAGCCCCAGAUGGGGUCCUACGUAGGAGAUAAUGCCGCCCUCCAACCUGAAAGGCUUAAGAAGGAAGCGGAGAAAGCUGCGUCCGCUGAGCGGGGAGACGAGCCCGUCAACAUCAAGGACAUGGAGAUGAAAGAGGAGUGGCAGGACGACGAAUUCCCCCGGCCCCUGCCUGAAGAAAUCUCCGAGGAGGACCUGGACGAAUCCAUUUUGGAACUUAGCCCAGUGGCCCCAAACACGCUGGAGCUGUGCGGCCGCCGGCACAUGAGGAAACGCCUCCCGGCCCCCGAUCUCGGCGAGGGGUCGGUGAAAUCCGGAGAGUUUCCAGAAAGCACGCCGGACGGCAGCCUGGAUAUCAACGUGGACGAGCUGGAGACGCCGUCUGACAGCGAGCUGCAGGAGGGAUCCGAGAACGGACACGGGUUCGAGUGGGAAGAUGAUCUCCCCAGGGCCCGGCGGGUGGACGGCAACCUCCCGGAGAAAUUUUGCACGGGCCGUGUGGUGGACGUCCAGGGUCAGGACGGACGGAAGUGGCGGAUCUUCCUGACGGACGAGCGGGAGCAGAAAGUGGAUCUGGGCGCCAUCGAACCCUACAAGAAGGUAAUCUCCCACGGAGGGUAUUACGGUGAAGGCCUGAAUGCCAUCGUCAUGUUUGCUCCGUGUUACCUCCCGGACAGCACAAUCCCAGAUUAUCCGUAUGUCAUGGGUAACCUCUUCAGGUACAUAAUCGGAACACUGGAGCUAAUGGUAGCUGAGAACUACAUGUUGGUGUGUCUAAACGGCGCCACCCCUCGUAGCAAGUUACCUUCCUUCACCUGGAUCAAAGAGUGCUAUCAAACCAUUGACAGACGGCUCCGGAAGAACCUGAAGACGUUGAUUAUCGUGCAUCCGACUUGGUAUGUGAGAGCUUUGAUGGCCGUGUUCCGACCUUUCAUCAGUUCCAAGUUCAGCCGGAAACUGCAGUUCGUAGACAGUCUGGAAGAGCUUGCGCAGCGGAUCCCGUUGGAUCAGGUCCACAUCCCUGACUCCGUCCGCCAACUCGAUCAAUCCAGAAUUAGUUCCAGAAGCUAACAAGAAGCAAAGCCGGAUGGAUUUUUUCCUUGGAUUUAUCAGUUUUUUGUAGUUUUAACUGAAU